AUGGAGCGAAAAAUAAACAGAAGGGAAAAGGAAUACGAAGAAAAACACAGCAACUCUGAAGGCUCUGAUCAAGGCAAGGACUGCAAAACGUCUCUGAUUACUCUGAAUGUUGGUGGCUAUCUGUAUAUCACACAGAAACAAACACUAACCAAGUAUCCAGAUUCUUUUCUUGAAGGUGUGAUAAAUGGAAAAAUAAUGUGCCCGUUUGAUGCAGAAGGUCAUUAUUUCAUCGACAGAGAUGGACUUCUUUUCAGACACAUCCUGAACUUCCUACGAAAUGGAGAACUUCUUUUACCAGAAGGGUUUCGAGAAAAUCAACUUUUGGCACAAGAAGCGGAUUUUUUUCAGCUUAAAGUACUAUCAGAUGCCGUGAAAUCAAGGUGGGAGAAGGAACAGCUAGCAUCCAGAGAGACUACUUUCCUGGAAAUCACUGACAGCCACGACCGUUCACAAGGUCUUAGGAUCUUUUGUAACGCUCCAGAUUUCAUAGCAAAAAUAAAAUCUAGAAUUGUUCUGGUAUCCAAAAGCAGGCUGGAUGGAUUUCCAGAGGAGUUUUCAGUAUCUUCAAAUAUUAUCCAAUUCAAAUACUUCAUAAAGUCAGAAAAUGGUACACGACUUGUACUGAAGGAGGACAACACCUUUGUCUGCACCCUGGAAACUCUUAAGUUUGAGGCUAUAAUGACGGCUUUAAAAUGUGGAUUUAGACUGCUGACCAGCCUGGAUUGUUCGAAAGGGUCAAUUGUUCACAGCGACGCACUUCAUUUUAUCAAGUAA